CCGGCAAACCGAAACCGAAAGCACCCAGAAAAAAAGAAAGAAAAAACCCCUCUUCUGUCGAAAUUGGUUAAAACCCUAAUUAAAUAUUCAAGCAUCAAAACGAUCAAAUUUCUUCUUGGAUUAUCAAUUAAUUGCUCGCUUAUAAUGUCGGGAUUUUUAGAGAAGAAGGCCAACGUUGUAGAGAUUCUGGAUAGCGAUGAUGAAGACGGUGAUCGAUCAAGUCGACCAGAAGUCCAGAAUAACGGAACAAUUGAGUCCGACGAUCGGAGAUUGGAGAACCGGAGCUUUUGGAAAGCCGGAGUGUUUGAUGUUGGUCCAGUAAAAUGGACUCCUUCCCAAGAUGAAUUGGAACAUGCUCGUGUACAUCCAAAAUUUCUUCAUUCCAAUGCAACAUCACACAAAUGGGCUUUUGGAGCAAUUGCUGAGCUUUUGGAUAAUGCUGUUGAUGAGAUCAACAAUGGGGCAACUUUUGUGAAAGUUGACAGAAUCUACAGCAAAAGGGACAAUUCUCCUGCUUUACUUUUCCUUGAUGAUGGAGGUGGAAUGGACCCUGAAGGCAUGCGAAAAUGCAUGAGCUUAGGAUACUCCACAAAAAAGUCAAACAACACUAUUGGACAAUAUGGAAAUGGAUUCAAGACAAGUACUAUGAGAUUAGGAGCUGAUGUGAUAGUUUUCAGUCGUGCAUUUCGAAAAGCCAAAGCAACUCAAAGUGUUGGUCUUUUAUCCUAUACAUUUUUACGCAAAACUGGACAAGAUGAUGUUACUGUUCCCAUGAUUGAUUUUGAUAUCUCAAAGCAUUGGGCAGAGCCUUUAAUAUAUGGCUCUCAGAAUGAUUGGUCUACUAACUUGAACACAAUUCUUGAAUGGUCUCCAUUUUCUUCAAAAGAUGAUUUAAUGCAACAGUUUGAAGAUAUUGGGCCACAUGGGACAAAGGUGUUAAUAUACAACUUAUGGCUGAAUGAUGAAGGCAUUUAUGAAUUAAACUUUGAUGAGGAUGAUGAGGAUAUAAAAUUGAGAGAUGAAGCUAAUCGAUCAUCCAAAUCAAGCAAAAAAGAAGCUGAAAAACAAGCCCAUAUAUCCAACCAACUUCUUCAUUCAUUAAGAGCGUAUGCUUCUAUGUUAUACCUCAAAAAAUUUAAAAACUUUAAAAUUUUCUUGAGAGGAAAACCAGUAGAACAGUUUAAUAUAGCUGAUGAUUUGAAACAUCCACAAGUAGUCACCUACAGACCACAAGCCAAUUCAAUGAAAGAUGCUGUUGUGGUGACAACUCUUGGAUUUAUCAAAGAAGCUCCUGCUCUUCCAAUUACUGGAUUUAAUGUAUACCAUAAAAAUCGUCUUAUUCGGCCUUUUUGGAAAGUAACUGGAGAAGGGCAUUCAAAAGGGUAUGGAAUUGUUGGAGUUCUUGAAGCAAAUUUCAUAGAACCAGCACAUGACAAACAGGAUUUUGAAAGAUCUUCUCUGUUUUCAAGGCUGGAAUUGAAGCUUAAACAGAUGCAAAUGGAUUACUGGAAAAGCCACUGUCACUUAAUUGGGCACCAACCUGAUCAAAGUUUUUUGCGCAAAUUGCACACACAAGGUCAAAGGGUUGACCAGUCCAUUCACAGUCUUCCGGUUGACCCAAGACCCAAUUUGACCGGUCAAAGUCAAAGUCAAAGUCAAACUGUUUACAACAAUAACAUACCUGUGGCUCGUGCACCUCCUGGAUUUGCAACCAUGACAUCUGGUUUUGUUCAAGAAGUGGCAAGUGGAGAUGAUGAUAUUGAUCGAAUAAUCAAUGAAAAUAUCCUACUUUUCACAAGGUGUGACCAGUAUGCGCAAAAGGAGAAUGAGUUGAAGUCUACGGUGGAGGAUUUGGAGAAACAAGUUGCGGAAACAAAAAGGAAAUGUGCUGAGAUUUCUGAACGACUCGAGUUUCUAAAAAGGCAGAAUCUUGUAAGAUGAUAUAGGAAUGACAAACAUCGAAA